GGCGUCCAAUACUAAAAACCUUAAAACAAGCUUCUUCUUCUCUUUCUCUCAUUACCUUAGCCCCUUUGCCUGCGAAAAUCAAUACACAGAGAACCCCCAAAUUUUUAGGGUUUCUUCAAAAUGUACAGGAUUGCAGCUUCACGACUUAACGCAAUCAAGGGUCGUGCGGGUAUUAUCCAGAGCUCAUCUUCGUCUAGGAGUAUCUUCAGUCUUUUCGGGGACGGGACAAGCUCUCAACCAACAUUAGAUACUCCACUUACAGGAGUUACUAUCCCACCUCCAUUGCCUGAUUAUGUCGAACCCUCUAAGACCAAAAUUACAACUUUGCCAAAUGGUGUAAGGAUUGCUUCGGAAGCAUCAGCGAACCCCGCUGCAUCCAUAGGGCUAUAUGUGGACUGCGGUUCUAAUAAUGAGACACCAGAGUCUUGUGGAGUCUCACACUUGUUGGAAAGGAUGGCAUUCAAAAGCACCAGAAACAGGAGUCAUUUCAGUGUUGUGAGGGAAGUUGAAGCCAUUGGAGGCCAUGUGGCUGCUUCAGCCUCUCGAGAGCAGAUGGGGUAUACCCAUGAUGCUUUAAAGGCUUAUGUCCCUCAAAUGGUUGAACAACUUGUUGACACUGUGAGGAACCCUGUGUUCUUGGACUGGGAGGUCACUGAACAGCUAAAAAAGGUGAAGGAUGAGAUUGCAGAAAUGGAUAACAACCCUCAGGGCUUGCUUAUGGAAGCAAUCCACUCCGCUGGAUAUGUUGGUGCACUAGCAAAUCCUCUCCUGGCUCCAAUGUCCGCUAUAAGUAGAUUGAAUAGUAAAAUUUUGGAGGAGUUUGUUGCUGAAAACUAUACUGCUCCUCGUAUGGUUCUUGCGGCAUCUGGUGUUGAACAUGAAGAGUUAUUAUCCGUUGCAGAAUCACUCCUAUCAGACCUUCCCGGUGGUACAACUUCAGCUAGGCCGAAAUCUGAGUAUGUAGGAGGUGAUUCCCGUAUUGCGGCCGCUUCACCGGUAGCUCAUGUCGCCCUUGCAUUUGAAGUUCCCGGGGGUUGGCUCAACGAGAAGGAUGCCAUGGCUGCUACUGUACUUCAGUUGUUAAUGGGAGGAGGUGGAUCCUUUUCAGCUGGUGGCCCCGGGAAAGGGAUGCACUCACGGCUGUACCUUCGAGUUCUAAACCAGUAUCACCAGAUGCAGUCGUUUUCUGCAUUCAGCAGCAUCUACACUGACACUGGCCUAUUCGGAAUUCAUGCAUCUACGGGUUCUGGGUUUGCAUCCAAAGCUGUUGAUAUAGCAACAAGAGAAUUACUUGAAGUUGCAACAGCUGGAAAAGUAACACAGACAGAGCUGGAUAGGGCGAAAAUAGCAACUAAAUCUGCAGUUCUAAUGAAUCUGGAAUCACGGAUGGUUGUAUCAGAAGACAUAGGACGCCAGGUUCUAACGUACGGAGAGAGGAAACCUGUGGAUCAUUUCCUUAAGGCUGUAGAUGCAGUAACUUUGAAGGAUAUAAGUUCCAUUGCCACUAAGAUCAUUUCUUCUCCACUCACUAUGGCAUCAUGGGGAGAUGUUUCAUAUGUUCCAAGCUACGACUCUGUCAGCAGCAAGUUUAGCUCACAAUGAGAUGGUGUCUCUUGUGUAAUCAAAAACUUGGUUUUUGUGUAUUUCGGCGCAGUUUUUCUAUUUUUUGCUCGAGGGAUAUGCAUAAUUUUAUGAUUCCCUGCUUUUGAUCAUUACAUGUUGGAAAAAAAGAGAAAUAUAAAUAGAUUCAGAAAAUAAAUUUUUUGGUGAUGCUGUGCAGUAUCUAAAUAGAUGCUCUAGCCAUCAACUUCUGAUAUUUUUUUGUAACUCUGCUAGAUGCUUUUGUUCUAGGCAGCAGAAAGUUAUUGAUUCCUUUUCAUUCUUGUUUACUGAUAAUGUAUUUCACCGAGUGGCCCUGUUCUACCUUGCAUGCGUUUAUCUGUAACA